AUGGCAGACGCUACAAACAUAAUCGAACUUGCCCAAGACGUCUACGGAGUGACCCAAUGGCUCAUAGGAAAGGCCAAAAGCUACAAAGAGUUUCCUGGAGUCCAUUUGAGCUUGCAACGCAUCAGUCGACGAAACCCCGAGAAGGAUUUCUCUCAGCUCACUGUGGCGCCUUUUCAGGAAUUAAGCAAUGCAUUGGAAAAUGCGAAAAUUUUCCUUGAGAACCAGGACCCUAAGAGCUGGAAGGAUGGGUUUAAAUGGUCCUUAUUAAACCGUGAAGAAAAAGCCAAGGACCUUCUCAACACAGUUGAGAAAGCACAAAACAAGUUGUCGAUUUUCUUGAACUUGAUUCACCUCCUCCAAAACACACCUUUACCAGAUCCGGAACUUCAUCCCGACAAUUUCAGGCUAUGGAAGGAGAGUAAAAAGUCGAAAUCUAGGCUGCUUACCGCACCUGCUCAUUACCAAGUUGAUUCUAAUCUUCCUUACGGUGGCAAAAUCAAUGUCAUCGUCGACAGCCGGGAUCUAGUCAACAGCCGGAAUACAGUCGACAGCCGGGAUCCAGUUGCCACAAUUGCGACAAGACUGAAGUCUCUUGCGGGCGAGGAUAGCCUAAGCUAUAAGUCAAAGGACUAUUCUGGAAUACUCCCGUUUGUUGGAUAUCAGAACUCCAAGCUUAUAUCGCUCCUGCCGAAGAAUCUGAAGAAUCCGAAGGAUCUCCAGACAUUACAGGAGUUUAUCGCAAAGAGCGAGGCGAAAACCGCGAUUCUCGACGAGCGAUUUCGACUAGCUCGUCAGCUUUCCCAGGCACUGGUGAAGAUCCAUGCUACCGGAUUGGUACACCGGAAUCUCCGCUGCAAGAACGUCCUCCUAUUGGAGCCAGAGGAGCCAGACAACCGUCUACAGACCCAGAUCUCACGAAGAUUCGAAGGAAGAGAAGCAGGCGCCGAAAAAUCCAAGGAGGAACAGCGUUACCCGUCUAAUGCGAAGGUUGAGUGGGAGGACCUUCGCGGUGACCAGAAAGGCACCGACAAGAAGGGUGCUGAGGGACAGAAAGAGAAGCCUGACGCAACGAACCAGCCAAAAGCUACAUCAGCAACGGCGGAGAGCGCGAACAGAGGAAAAGACCCAAACAACCUCUUUCGCGAUAGUGGUGGCUAUGAAAUUCCUGAAGGAAGUCCAAGUCUCUACAUCACCCAGUGGGAUUUCCUUGCGAAGCGGGGAACACCGACAGCACAACUAGACCAACGGCCCAAUGAUAUUCGUGUGAAGGUCUAUCGGCAUCCGAAGAUCCAGGUUAAAACUCCCACAGAUUUGUUCAGCAUUGGAAUCGAUGCAUACAGCCUUGGAAUCGAUGCAUACAGCCUUGGAGUCUGUCUCCUCGAGAUAGGACUUUGGAAGGUUCUCAUCAAGUUUGAUAAAGAUGAUGAAGAUCGCCUACAUCCAAGGCCGUCCACACACUUCUGCACCAUUGCCGAGGAAAAACCCAUCGCCAGCUCUGGAAACGAACCGGCUGACUCGUCAGGAAACCGUCCGAGAAUCUCCAUGAGAAAAGAGUUGCCUCGGCUGUCGGGACAGAAGUUACAGGAUGUCCUAAUUGAGACCGCGGAGCGGUCCUUGCCAAAGGAAAUGGGGAAGCCAUAUGCCGACUUUGUGGUUUUAUGUCUGCGCUGGCUUGACGACAACUCCGAGACCGAGCUUCGGGAGUGGAAGCAACACACUGAGGCGUACCUCAACUUCAAGUGCGUAGUGGACAGGAUUUUUGACCAGGUGAACUUGGGUGGAGGGCCAAUUUGA